AUCGGUACCGUAAAGCUUACCCAUGAUUUUACAGCACAUCAGCUAACCCCAAUUACAUCUCUAAAUUCCUAAGAAUGUCCCUGCCUUAGCCUCUGAACAGGUUCCUCCACUCACGACUCUUGCAUUACCGUUGUUAGCUUGCGUGUUUUGACCUAGCUGUGCCGCCAUAGUGGCUGUGCGCCACUGGGAAGGAUGUUGUUGUUGGUAUUGUGGUGAAUGGGGGACCAGUGUUGACAUGGUUGCUGUAUUUUUAGUCAUGUUGUACGAAUACUCCCCGUUGUUUUACAUCGCGGUUGUGUCUCUCUGCUUCUUCAUCACCGCCACGAUGGUCCUCGGCUGGUUUGGUUUUGACGUACCUGUAAUUUUACGAAGUUCUGACGACGCUGAGUUGAUUCUGAAAAUUCCCGAGAAGAGAAUGGUGCAGGUGAAAAACCCCUUUGCCUUGGAGAUAGUGAGUGGAGCCUCGUCUGUUACAGGAGGGGUCCGACUGAGACCACGCUGUCUGGAGAGCUGUGUCCUCACUUGCUACUGGGGCUGUACCGUCCAGGGCCUGCAGGAGGCGCUGCAGAGUCACCAGCAUGGUGUACGCAUCAGCACGCCCCAGAAGUUCGAGGAGGCCCUGCACUCAGACUAUCAGCACCACCAGACAUUCCUCGUUGAACAGGGGGACCCCUCAGAGAGACUGAGCCACCUGCCUGCGGAUUCUGGGAUCAGAGAUUUUGGUUUUCUGCCCCGGGCACGCUACCCCCUGGUGGUGUUGUUGACCUUAGCAGAGCCUGACGUGAGAGAGCUUUAUGAAAUAGUUGCCAACGUGACUGUGAUCCACAUUACUGAUGAUAAAUACAGGCUGACAUCUAGGAUAUUAUACCAGUACCUGUUGACGGCACAAGGGCAUGUGUUAGACCUUAAGCAACUCUUCAUGUCUGCAGAUGACCAGGCUGGAGGGGGGGUUCUGAGCCCCCAGAGGAAGAGCAGCAGCAGCGAAAGGAGGAGGAGGAGGGAGAGGGAGGAGGAGCCCGACUUGCAGGAGUCAGGCAGUGGGGAGUCUGUCUGGGACUGUGUGGUGUGUCAGAACGCUCCGGUGAACCGUGUGCUGCUGCCCUGUCGACACACCUGCUUGUGUGACGGCUGUGUGGAAAGGUUCCGACAGUGCCCCAUGUGCCGUGCCUUUGUCUUAGAGUCCUUCGCCCUCUCUCACCACAUCACAACUGACAAGCAAGAGCUGGGGGGCCUGACGGGAGAAUGAAGACAACCCCUCACUCCUCCAACUCCAGGAAUUAAGAGUGGAACAUGGGCGGCCUCUUUUUAUCAACAAGAGUUAAAUGUAUAUGGUAAGAAACACAAUGAAGGUUUUUUUUUUAGAGAUGAAAAAAAAAAACCUGUCUAGCUUCUCUUUAAAAAUCGGAAAUGAACUGGCUCUUCUCAACUUAUGAAGGACUUUCGGUGUUGGGAAGGCAAGGGAUGCCCUUUUGAAGGUAGAUCUAAUUCUUGAGAUUUUUUACAGACCUCCAGCCCACAAAGAGGAAAUUCUACACAUUGCGUCCCCGCAUCACUAGGCUAGAUACACUAUUACUAAUACUUCUUAGUUACCUUUGUAGAGCGGUGUAAAACCAAGGCACUGGCUACCUGUUUGCAGCCUGCAUGGUGAUGCAGCAUCUUGCCUGUUGAUAAAAAGAGGCAGUUCCUUUUUUUUUUUUAAUGUGCUUGAGUUGUGUUACUUGGUCACACCUGAGUUGAACAAGUGCUGUGUGAGCUGCCACAGGCUCAAAGUAUAAGUAAAGGCUGGUUUGGGAUCGUUUCAGACAGAAGCAGCUCUGCCUCCACGUUCAUGUAUCCUCGGAAGAGAAGUGUUGGAUCAUAUUUAAAUACAUUAUUACUGGUAUAGUGUUUGAUAUAAAGCACUGUGUUGCAGUAUUAUCAGAAAAAAAACUGAACACACCAUUUCUGUAAUUCCUACAGUACUUUAGAUUUAAUGUAUUUGUUUUUAUGUUGUAUUCACUUUUCUUGACCAGUAUUUAAAAAAAAAAUACUAAAUUGUCCAUUUAGUCUUGUCGACUUUUUAUACAUUAAAGAUCCCCUGAUCGGUUCAGCAAUGUGGAGACAGUGAUAGCUGCUACAGAGUUCAUCUCACUUACCCCCUUGUUAAUGUUCCACGUGCAGGGCAGCUCAGUGAGCUAGUCUGUUGCUUUUGUUUUUCUGGCCAGGCCAUAUUGUUUAAAUGAUGGCUCCUCAGGGUCACACGAGGGUCCUGCUGAAGUGUAAAGUUUGUCACUGUGGGAGCCUGUUCAUUUACUUCCUGUGAGUUACUGUCUCUGCAGUGCUUGGUCCUUGCAUUGUGACUUGAAUGUCAUAUUGACAGGCAAGUUUGGAACCAAAGUUUUUUUUUUUUUGUUUCGGUCUUUAUAAAAUAAUGUAUUUAAACAAUUUAAUUUCCUAGUUUUAAAGCCUGUUUGAGUGAUGUUUUAUGUGCACAGGAAGGCAGUGAAGAUUCUAAUAAUUCUAAAAACCCAGACUGAUCGUUGACCCCUGCUUUUUUUUUUUUAAUGUGUCUGUUUUAUUAUUAUGAUUGUUUUAUUUGUAUUUGUAAUUGUUUGUAGAUGAUUAUGCUUUAUUUUUUGCACGUUUGUUUAAAUCAUAAGUGUUUUAUUCUGUACAAUAUAGAAAACCAACUAUCAUGAAGUCAGAGUUUUAUAAAAUAAAUGUGUACAUGUGUAUGCCAGUGGUUCUGGUUGAGAAGUAUUAAGUGCAACAUUAAUCUGAAGCUCAAACAAGUGCAAAGCAGCACAGCACUGAGAAUUGUGCACAUUCAGGGCAGAGAUUGUUCACACUGUGCUGUGUUUGCAUGUGUGUUCCACUAGAUGGCGAAGGUGAACAACACAGACUCAGCAGUGUUCUGACAAGCUGUUAAGCAUGCUUCUCAAACUGCUGUUUUGUGGGUUGAUCCGAUGCACUGUUUGGCAAGCACUGUCAUACAGUCUUUUUAAAUAUGUUUGCAUUGUGCAGUUGCUGUAUAUUCUCUGUUCAGGGUACACGGGGAUGAGCCACAUGAUAAGUGCAGCAGGAGAUACUUGAUAGUCACUGCUGUCUGUUUGCUGGCACAUGCUGAUCAGUGUACCCUGCUGGUCAAUGACAUUUGUAGUGUCACAAGCCAUUUUACCUACAUUCAGGUUUUGAGCUUUGCUUUCCGGUAACAAAACAUGUAAUUGCCAAGGUGUGUAACUGCUGACUCGGUAUCAGAUAAAGCAUCUCCUUGUGUAGAUAUUACCUGAUCGAUUUCCUGUAAACAUGUAUCUGGCCAGUAGCAUCUCACAUGUACACAUAGUGAGAGAAAGAAAAAAACAUUUGAUAUAAAAGAAGUAUAAAUAUGUGUUCUAGAAAAAAUUCCUGUGGUAUAAGGAUGUUGACUAUAGAGAAAGAGACUGAUGUGAAAAAAAAACAAAGCCAUGCAACUUUAUACAUGCAGCACCAUUGCCCAUUCAAGUACUGACCACCCUGCUUAGCCAAUCCACACUCGCAGUAGCACCAGUCCACUCUUCCGUUCUCUCACUGCCUCCUGUGCUAGUCAGCACUGAGAGAUGUAAGGGCUCAUUGUGAGCCAGACAAGGCAGGCCCUGUGAGACAAUAGCCAGCUAAUUCAUCCCAGCUCUGCUCCACACCAGAGGUCACAGAGAAAAUCAUCAAGAUACAGACAAGAAGAAAGAAAAAGCGAAAAUGACUUUUUUUUAUGUUAUUUGUCAAUUGUAGAACAAUAGCUAUUGUUGUUUCAUCUACUGUAUAUGGUCCAAAGUAAACCCAUGGGUGACAUGAGCACACGUGGCUUUGGGGUCGGAAGGGUACAGAUCUGAUGUGGCAAGCAAUUUAAAGUGUUGCUGAUUAGCUUGGGUUGUGUUUUUAUUUUCCUGUAUGGAAAGGCAAACGAGUAACAAGUACUGUAGUUGUGUCAAACGGGAACACGGAUGCCCUUUACUGGUCGGAAUGUGGUACUGUAACUCCAGGGACAUGUGUUUACACAAAAUAAAAAUCGAAAAAAAAAAAAACUUUGGAAAAAUGUUUCAGUGAAAUGCUGGACAUAUUAAAACGAAUAAUAGAAUCAUCGUUCACCCAUAUGUGCUUAACUUAUUGUGUUUAAAUAAGAACUAUUUAAAGUGAAACAAUGAUAAUAAUCAACCAACGAUCUAAUUAUUUUUUUUAAAUAUACUCCUAUCUCGAAAGCGGGAUUCUGGGUUGGGUGCAGACACUACAUCGCGGAGUGGGGGCUCCGUGCCGUUGCUGGUUAAGUUUAGCCGUCUCUCUCACACACACAAGCUGUUGUUUUGUACACUUUGCUAUGGAAACUGUUUUUUUUUUUUCGCCAGCUAACUCGCUAAUCCCGGUCAGUCCUCUUCACAGGACAGGCAAUGUGAUCUGUCCCUAACUCCGUUCUCUAUUUUUGUGCUUCCUAGUGCUGCCAAGCCCCUGACGUAAUGCUCCGUGUUAAUUAUUAGCAUGUGUGAAGCAACGCUGAAGCUCUCUCUUCUGGUAAAACAAGAGUACUGAGGGGAGGAAAGUUAGUUAGUCAAGAUGGCAUGGCGCACAGACACGGAGUGAAGGGGCACCGCUCCCCAAAUCUGUGCUCCCUGAAUACUGAUCAGCGCCGGCCACGAUGAAGCUUUGCCGCCAG